AUGGCGACGAGUACAAGCACGUCGAGCACGCCGAUGGAGGACACGAUCCGGCGAAAAGUCACGGAAGCCCUGAGUCCAACGGAGCUGAAGAUCCGAAACGAUUCACAUAAACAUGCGCACCACCAGGCCAUGGCGGGCGCGACGUCCAAGGAGACGCAUUUCUACCUCGAUGUCAUUUCGCAGUCUUUUGCUUCAAAGACCCAACCCGCCCGCCAUCGGAUGAUCUACUCCCUUCUCAAGGAAGAACUGGAACAGCCCGGCGGCAUCCAUGCGCUGCAGCUGCGCACCAAGACUCCCGAGGAGGAGGAGAAGCUCAAGUCCAAGGCGGCUGGAGAUGCGUGA